AAGUGCGUGGCCCUGACCUUCCCCGAGUCUCCUGGCGACGGAACCGGCGCGAGUCUGAGCCCCGGAGCCGCGGCCGUCAGCGUGUCACGGUCUGCGGGAACAUGCACCUCUUCAAAGGGGCCGCGCUGCUGACCGGCAACCCAGCCGCUCCCUUCAGCAUCAGGCAGAUCCUGAUAAACGGCUGUCGACGAUGUUCUUCUGGAAUAUUACCUAAUGAGAGGAUUCGGAAUAUAGGAAUCUCUGCACAUAUAGACUCUGGGAAAACCACGCUUACAGAAAGAAUAUUGUACUAUACUGGAAGAAUAACACAAAUGCACGAGGUGAAAGGAAAAGAUGGAGUGGGUGCCAUUAUGGACUCAAUGGAACUAGAACGACAGAGAGGCAUCACUAUCCAGUCUGCAGCCACGUACACUGAAUGGAAGGAAAACAAUAUUAAUAUCAUUGACACCCCAGGUCAUGUGGAUUUCACAAUAGAAGUCGAGCGUUCCCUGAGAGUCUUAGAUGGAGCUGUUUUGGUUUUGUGCUCAGUUGGCGGAGUUCAGUGUCAGACAAUGACAGUGACCAGACAGAUGAAGCGCUACAAUGUGCCAUUUCUUACAUUCAUAAACAAACUAGACAGGCUGGGAGCUAACCCUAACCGAGCUCUUCAACAAUUAAGAUCAAAGCUGAACCACAACACGGCUUACAUUCAAAUUCCAAUUGGUUUGGAAGGAAAUGUUAAAGGAAUUGUUGAUCUCAUUGAGGAGCGGGCUAUUUAUUUUGAAGGCCAGUUUGGUCAGGAUGUGAAGUAUGACGAUAUUCCUGCUGAGCUUCGGGCAGAGGCUGCAGAACGACGCCAGGAGCUGGUAGAAUGUGUUGCAAAUGUGGAUGAACGGCUGGGGGAGCUGUUUCUGGAAGAGAAAAUCCCUACAGUAGCUGACCUGAAGACUGCUAUAAGGAGAACAACUAUCAGCAGGUUGUUCUCACCUGUAUUAGUAGGAAGUGCACUGAAAAACAAAGGAGUACAGCCGUUGCUCGAUGCUGUUUUGGACUAUUUACCAAACCCAAGUGAAGUCUCAAAUUAUGCUCUAAGUAAUCACGAGAGUUCUGAAGGUGUAAACAGACUUGUUAUGGACUCCACAAGAGGUGGCUCUCAACCCUUUGUUGGCCUAGCCUUUAAACUGGAGGCUGGCCGAUUUGGACAGUUAACGUACAUUCGAGUGUAUCAGGGUAUGCUUAAAAAGAGUGAAUAUAUCUACAACACACGAACUGCAAAGAGGAUCAGAGUCCAGCGUUUAGUCCGAAUGCAUGCUGAUCAGAUGGAGGAUGUUGAGGAAGUGUAUACUGGCGAUAUCUGUGCCUUGUUUGGGAUUGAUUGUGCUAGUGGUGACACAUUUACUGCUAAAGCCCUCACCCACCUAUCAAUGGAAUCUAUUCAUGUCCCUGAGCCUGUGAUAUCAGUAUCAAUAAAACCUACCAAUAAGAAUGAUUUGGAUAAAUUUUCCAAAGGAAUUGGUAGAUUUACACGUGAGGAUCCCACGUUUAGAAUAUUUUACGACCCCGAGAGCAGAGAGACGAUUGUAUCUGGAAUGGGAGAAUUACACUUGGAAAUUUAUGCACAGAGACUCGAGAAAGAAUACAAUUGCCCGUGUAUAAUGGGAAAACCGAAAGUUGCCUUCAGAGAAACAAUAUCCGUACCUGUCCCCUUUGAAUUUACCCACAAGAAGCAGUCUGGUGGUGCAGGCCAGUAUGGCAAGGUUAUUGGUGUGCUGGAGCCUCUGGAGCCGGAAGACUGCACAAAGCUGGAAUUUGUUGAUCAAACUGUAGGAACAAAUGUACCAAAGCAGUUUGUGCCAGCCAUUGAGAAGGGUUUCCUUGAGGCUUGUGAAAAAGGCCCUCUUACAGGUCAUAAGAUCUCUGGUGUACGUUUUGUAUUGCAAGAUGGUGCCAAUCAUAUGGUGGACUCCAAUGAAAUUUCCUUCAUCAGAGCUGGGGAAGGUGCUGUUAAACAAGUUAUGGAAAAGGCCCAUGUGGUUAUUCUGGAGCCAGUCAUGUCAGUAGAGGUCGUAGCACCGAUUGAGUUUCAGGGAACAGUCAUUGCUGGAAUCAAUCGUCGUCAAGGUAUCAUCACUGGUCAGGAUGGAACAGAUGAAUACUUUACACUUUACUCUGAUGUUCCAUUGAACAACAUGUUUGGAUAUGCUUCUGAACUUCGUUCUUGCACAGAGGGUAAAGGUGAAUACACCAUGGAAUACAGCAGGAAUCAGCCCUGUUUGCCCAGUGCACAGGAUGAAUUGGUCAAUAAAUACCUGGAAGCCACAGGUCAACUUCCAGUCAAAAGGGGCAAAGCCAAGAACUAAAGAUCAUUCCUUACUCGGCUGCUUUUGGGGACUUUCAGUACCACAUUAGACAAAUGGAUGAUCGUAUUCAGCAUACAUGUGUGACUGCAAAAAAUAAAUUGGUUGGGCAGCACAAACAGACCACUCUGCAGUUAUGUCCAAUUUUAUCAAAGAAAAACUAUGUCAGAAAUAGCAAACUCGUGCAAAAUCUGCAAUCAGAAACUGAAAGACAUCACCUUGCACUCAGCAAAUCAUUGGGGGCUAGUCCAGAUGCAGACCAUUGAACAUCAUCAGGAAGACUGAUGUUUAUUCAUCUGAGCACUUUGGCCUCAAAGCAACUUGAUUUCAUUUUAUCACACCCAAUGUCUGUUGAAAAGUCAUUAAGGAAUAACAGAAAAUCCACAGCAUUUUCAGGAAUUCGUCUACAAAUGUUAAUGUCAACUUCAAGUAACCUCAUACUUGAUUUAGCUAUUAGCUUAAUGUGCCCCUAAUCUUCUCAUUUAUCAGCAUUGUACAGAAUUCUUGAUCCAAGCAAAGUCUAUUUAUAUAUGAAAUCUUGAUCCAGACACGAACUAUACCGUAGAUGUUCUGUACUUUUUAAUGUUCUUUUUAUGCACUGAAACAUCAAUUACAACGGUGUACUUCCUU